UAUACCGGUCAUAGAUGGCCUUGACGAUAUUGACAAUGAGCAACCGAUGCAUUUAACCAACGAUGCGUCUUUCUUUCAGCCACAUUUGCACGACACGCGCUUGGGUCGUCAGCUGAGCGCCGUCCUGGAAGCUAGCAGUAGCAGUGGAAGUGCCAGCGUGAGUAGUGCCAGUGGUGUAUCCUCCACCUACGAGGAUAACGAUGAUGAUGAUGCCGAAGAUGGUGAGGACAAAGAAGACUCCAGCGAGUACUAUGAUAGUGAAGAAGAUCAGACUGAAAGCAGCAGCAAUGAGUCGCUGUCGCUGCCACGUUUGCUUUCCCAGUCGACAUUCCAUCGCAUAUCGGAGACUCUGGGUGCCUUAAACCAUGUGGGGCACAUGCUGGUCGAUAUGACUAGAGGCGGGCAAGAGGGCACAACAGAGAAUGGAAGUAGCAGCGUAUCGAGUACAAUAAGCACAAGUACCAGUGAGGAGAGUGAGAAUAGCUCUACUUCUUCAUACUCCAGCACAGAACUGGCAACGACAUCGACUACAGCCAUUCCUGGUGUAUUGGGAAAGGUUUUGGAUUCCACACUCUCCGCGAAUAGUUUGUUGCCAGCUGGUAAACCGGCUAAUCUGAGUGCCAUACAAGUACUGACCAAACGCAUUGAUGUAACAACAAAUGAUGCUGCUGGUAAGCCCAUGUUUGUGGAGAACAAAGAGCUUAAGCAAAAGAAGAAAAAGAAGAAGAACAAGAAUAAGCAGAAACUCAAGAAGCCCACUGAGGAAACCCAGACGCAGGUGGUAUCAGGAUCUCAACAAUCGCAGCAAAAGAUCAAAAUUCCCACAACACCACGAACUACUACCAUUAGCGUGCCUUUAAUCAGUUCGACAACAUUGCGGCCACUGGAUCAGUUGGCUUUGGCCAGCGAAGAUGCUGGGACAGCCAAAGACGUCGAGAACUACUGCAAGACACCAAGUGGACGUCCUGGACGAUGUGAGGACUUGAGUAGUUGUCCUGCUUUGCUUCUUAAUUUAAGCAGCCUUCGUGAAUCGCUUUGCUUCAAGAGUCUCUUUGUUCCUGGUGUAUGCUGUCCCUUGUCGUCGGUUCCGGAAAGUGCCUCCACAGUUUUGACUACACAGCGUCCUCUCAAGUUGACCACCAAAAAACCAUUAGCCACCACUACUCAACACACCACCAAACGUACAACCGUUCGCCCAUCAACUGCCCGACCUACAACACGACCAACUUCUGGUCUAGUCUUAAUACCACAAAUAAAACCAUCGACUAGCACUACAACAACAACCACAGAGGAGCCUCUGGAACCCGAGGGUCUCGAUGAGAUAGCAAACAAUAUUGUCGAUCCGGACGAGUGUGGACAACAGGAGUAUUCCACGGGGCGGAUUGUGGGUGGCGUAGAAGCUCCAAAUGGUCAAUGGCCCUGGAUGGCGGCUAUUUUCUUGCAUGGACCAAAACGUACGGAAUUCUGGUGCGGAGGUUCCUUAAUUGGCACAAAGUAUAUACUCACAGCGGCUCAUUGCACUCGUGACUCGCGCCAGAAACCAUUUGCUGCCCGGCAAUUUACAGUGCGUCUGGGUGAUAUUGAUCUAUCCACCGAUGCUGAACCAUCAGAUCCUGUGACCUUUGCCGUCAAAGAAGUCCGCACUCACGAACGUUUCUCUCGUAUUGGUUUCUACAACGACAUUGCAAUUUUGGUACUAGAUAAGCCAGUUCGCAAAUCAAAGUAUGUGAUACCAGUUUGCCUGCCCCGUGGAAUUCGCCAGCCGCCUAAAGAACGUUUACCAGGACGCCGAGCCACCGUCGUUGGCUGGGGCACAACGUAUUACGGUGGCAAAGAAUCAACUAGCCAACGUCAGGCCGAGUUACCUAUUUGGCGUAAUGAGGAUUGCGAUCGCAGUUAUUUCCAGCCGAUCAAUGAGAAUUUCAUAUGUGCUGGUUACUCCGACGGUGGUGUAGAUGCUUGUCAGGGUGAUUCUGGUGGACCUCUAAUGAUGCGCUAUGACUCUCACUGGGUCCAAUUGGGCGUUGUAUCCUUUGGCAAUAAAUGUGGCGAACCCGGCUAUCCAGGUGUCUAUACACGUGUAACGGAAUAUCUAGAUUGGAUACGCGAUCAUACGCGGGACUAAAGUGAACCCAAUGAAACCUAAUUAAAUAGUUAUAACUUGUAGUCUAGAUUAAGAUAUGCACUAGUCUACGUAUGUUUAAUGCUUGCUCUAUUUAUUA